CAUCUUUCUUAUAGCAUUCAAAUACGCUCUUCUUGUCCAAAAGCUUCCUUAUAACACUAAACUUUAUCACACCGCCAUGGUCAACAUUGUAUAUUGACUAACAUCAACAGCUAGAAGAUGAAUAGAAUACAAGAAAAUAGAAAGACUCUGUUUAAGGAUUUUCUGCUUUCUGUUACAUGAUUGUCGUGUCGUGUACUGGGACAAAAAUUUAAAAACCAUGAAAGGGCAAGCAAGAACCAUGUGCAAGGUGUCUUUUGCUUGACCAAAAUAGCCCUCAUUCUCUUUGCAGUUUGGAUUAUCCCCUCCUAACAAAGCCAAACCAAAACCCUCUUCUCUUCUCUUUCUAUUGCUUGUAGUGCAAGUGCCACUUCAAAUAACUAUAGCUUUCAACACCAAUAAUAGCCAUUGCCUUUCUUUUCUCUUUACAAACAUAAAACAAAGAAAAAGAUUGAAUCUUUACGUUUUGACACCUCUCCUUCUGCUGUUUUCUUCAAGUGGCAGCUCACGGAGAGAAAGAGAGAGCUAAAACAAGAAAGGGGGAAUGGGUGCUGGCAGUGGCACCAGUAAUUUUGUGAUCAGAUGGAUCAACUUUUUCACCAUGCUUAUAGCCAUAGCUGUCAUAAUUUUUGGGGUAUGGAUGAGCACACAUCAUGACAGCUGCCGAAGGUCUCUUACUCUCCCUGUGCUAGGGCUUGGUGCUUUCAUAUUCUUAAUAUCAAUCAUUGGUUUCUUGGGCGCAUUGAAGAACAACUCCAUAUUGUUGUGGAUUUAUCUGAUAAUGCUGUGCAUCAUAUUGGUGGCAAUUCUGGUUUUUACUGUCUUGGCGUUUAUUAUAACAGACAAUGCAUCUGGUCACAAUGCUCCUGGUUUGAGGUACAAGGAGUAUCAACUUCAGGAUUACAGCUCAUGGUUUCUUAAACAGCUGAACAAUACCCAAAAUUGGAAACGCUUGAAGAGUUGUCUUGUUAAAUCAGAGGACUGCAAUAAUCUAUCCAAAAAAUAUAAGACUCUUAAGCAGUACAAGUCAGCAAAACUGACUCCUAUUGAAGCCGGUUGCUGCAGGCCACCAUCUGGAUGUGGUUAUCCUGCUGUCAAUGCUUCAUACUUUGACUUGAGCUUCCACCCUGUUAGCUCCAACAAGGACUGCAAACUUUACAAAAACUCUCGGGCAAUUAAAUGCUAUAAUUGUGAUUCCUGCAAGGCUGGAGUUGCACAAUACAUGAAAACUGAGUGGAGAGUGGUUGCAAUCUUCAAUGUGAUUUUAUUUGUUGUCUUGUCAAUGAUUUACUUUGUGGGAUGCUGUGCAAGAAGAAAUGUUGCUGGGGGUCGCUCUAUAGCUUGAAACAAAUAUUUGCUGAAAAUGAUAAUCAAUCAUUGUUCCUGAAACAUGGCUAUUCGUCUCUUGGUGAUUUUGUCUCUGUUAGCAGAAUGAAGAGGAGCAAAUGUACAUGGUGCUCUGCAAAUGAUUGAAAGUUUGUGGUCUAAGGCCUUCUGUACGUUGGCAUAUUCCACAAUUAUGUAAAAAGUUUGUUUCUCUGUAACUAUGCAGUAAAUUAUGUAGUUAAUUUAUUUGUCUCAGUUUUGAUUGUCAUCCUCUUUUACAUUUUUGCCUAGCAUGCUCUGUAAACUGAAAUGACGGAUUGGGGGAGUACUGAAUCUUACUGUGUUAAUAGAAGCUAAUGUUUCUUAUA